AUGCUACGUCGGGCUGCUGGUCAUCGCUCUCGCGGCGUCGUGGCCCGUCUGCCGAUGACGCGGUCGUUUGCCAAGAAGGCGUCUCCUGCGCAGUCGGUGCUGCGCCCCAUUCACUUUGAGCACGACGACGAUGAUACUCGCGAGCGACCGUAUCGUAUUGUCGGCGUGCGGGACGUAGAGGUGCAGGACUGGGAGUACCCGACGCGGAUGGAGGCCGACGAGAAGAACAAGCAGCGCGUGCUGCGGAAUCGCUUUGGCCAUCCGAACUUUAUUAGCCUCUGGGUGGACAAGCUGAACGAGGUGGAAGGCUACUUGAAGCAGCAGCGCGUGCCAUACUCAAGUGAAGGCAUUGUCCAAGGCCCCGAGGGGCAUGACGUGCUCGUGAUUCCCCCGAGCGACGAUGGCAGCAGCAUUGAGUUUUUCAACUUGUGUGAUAACCCGACGAUGGUGGAGCUCGUGCAGGCUCCUCCCGAUGUCAUUAAGGAGUUUGAAGACGACAGCGUGGAGCAGUCGUAG